CAGAAUCAUAACCAUUACAACAAUGCUGAUCAUGAUCACCAUCAUCCUUGCCUUCACCUUUCUUUCUCUGUUUAUCAAUGGAGUUGAACCAACCAAUUGUUCUUACUCUAUUGUGAUUGAAACUACAUGUGCACCAUUAGCAGAAACCACAGAUGUAAUCAGUAUCAGAUUCAGUGAUUCAUCUGGAAAUCUUGUCAUAGUGAAGCAUUUGAAGAACCCCAAAUUGUUGUAUUCUCCUAAAGGAUCAGGUGCAAGGAAGAAAGGAGAUUUGUAUCAUGGGUUUGAAAGAUGUGCUAUUGAUAUGUUUGAAGCAACUGGAGCUUGCAUGGAGAAGAAUGUGUGUUCACUUUAUGUGAAGAAGUUUGGUUCAGAUGGAUGGAGACCUGGUUGGGUUAAGGUUCUUCGUCGAGAAGAUGAUGGUCGUGUUUCGCCGAAUUCAUAUCCGUUCUAUUUCCGGACUUUUGUGCCGGAGAAUGUCUGGUUUGGGUUUGAUUAUUGCACAUCUUGAUCUUAUUGGUUUGUUAGAUUGGUGUGUUAUCUGUGUAUCCAUGAAGUCUGUCUUGUAGGACUCAAUAAGGUGUAACGUAAUGAAUCUGCUUUAAAUGUGUAGUAGCAAAAUCUAGCUUCUCAGCUUUGGGGAUUUGGAGUUUUGGAGCAGAGCCUCAGGGAAUUGAAUAAAAUGAGACAAGGAGAGGCAA